UGCUCCCACGGCACAGGUGCCGGCGCCGAGGACCCAUCCCCAAAUGGAGCGGAUCCAUCCCCAUCCCCAUCUCAACCAGAACCCGUUGCCAAAACCCAACGCCGCAGCACCAAGAAGAGCGACCCAACGCCGGCGCCGUGCGCUGAAUGCGCCCGCGGUGCCGCCUCCAAACCACGCUGUUGCCUGGGCUGCUCCCGGCGUUGCCGCGCCGCCGCUGUCGUCGCCGCCGAAAAACCACACCGUUGCGUCGAGUGCGGCAAAGGCUUCAGCCGUGGUUCCAACCUGACCCAACACCGACGCAUCCACACCGGAGAACGGCCGCACCGUUGCGGCGAUUGCGGCAAAGGUUUCAUCCAACGCUCCGACCUGGAGCGGCACCGACGCGUGCACACCGGGGAGAGGCCGUAUCCAUGCGGGGAUUGUGGGAAGAGCUUCAGCGUCAGCUCGCAUCUGGAUCGGCACCGCCGGACGCACGCAGGAGCCGCGGUGGGUGCCCGCGGCGCUCAUCGCCCGGUGCCGGUGAAUGACGUCGCUUCGUCGGCGUCGCAUCGGUGCCCGGAGUGCGGCAAGGGAUUUGGCCAACGCUCGGCGCUUUCCAAACACCGUAAGACGCACGGAGGCGAACGGCCGCAUCGAUGCGGGGAUUGCGGCAAGAGCUUCAGCCGCGGUUCCAACCUGACCCAACACCGACGCAUCCACACCGGGGAGAGGCCGUUUGCCUGCGGCGAUUGCGGCAAAGGUUUCAUCCAGCGCUCCGACCUGGAGCGGCACCGACGCGUGCACACCGGGGAGAGGCCGUAUCCGUGCGGGGAGUGUGGGAAGAGCUUCAGCGUCAGCUCGCAUCUGGAGAGGCACCGGAAGAUCCACGUGGCCGAGCGGUGCCACGAGCACGUGGAGGAGUUUUUGGCUGCUCACCGGCACGGCAGGGCUUAUAAGUGUGGGGAGUGCGGGCGGUGCUUUGGCCAAGGGGCCGCGUUGCUGAAGCAUCAGCGGGCUCACGCCGGUGGGCGCCCGCCACCCCAUCAGUGCUCCCAUCAAAGCGACGGGGAUGGGGACGGCACGGCGACGCCGGCACCGCCGGAGAAGCCCUACAAGUGCGGGGAUUGCGGGAAGGGCUUCGGGCAGCGUUCGGCCUUGGUCAAACACCGGCGGAUCCACACCGGGGAGAAGCCGUACGCCUGCGGGGAUUGCGGGAAGGGCUUCAUCCAAAAGUCAGACCUGACCAUCCACCGACGGAUGCACACCGGGGAGAAGCCGUACCGCUGCGGGGAGUGCGGGAAGUGCUUCAGCGUCUCCUCCAACCUCCUCACCCACCGCCGCACCCACCUGGGAGAGAAGCCCUACGGCUCACCCGGAGCUCCGGCGCCGUCCCUGGCCGAGUGA